AUGAAGACCGUGCUCAUGGUGGCUGAGAAGCCGUCCUUGGCCCAGUCCAUCGCCAGGAUCCUGUCUCGAGGCAGCAUGUCCUCGCGCAAAGGGCUGAACGGGACCUGCUCGGUGUACGAGUACCCCGGGACCUUCGCGGGCCAGCCCGUCCGCUUCAAGAUGACGUCCGUCUGCGGCCACGUGAUGACCCUGGACUUCCUGGGAAAGUACAACAAGUGGGACAAGGUGGACCCCGCUGAGCUGUUCAGCCAGGCCCCAACGGAGAAGAAGGAGGCCAACCCCAAGCUGAACAUGGUGAAGUUCCUGCAGGUGGAGGGCAGGGGCUGUGACUGCAUUGUGCUGUGGCUGGACUGCGACAAGGAGGGCGAGAAUAUCUGCUUCGAGGUGCUGGACGCGGUGCUGCCCGUCAUGAACCAGGCCCACGGUGGUGAGCAGACGGUGUUCCGGGCCCGCUUCAGCUCCAUCACAGACACGGACAUCUGCGCUGCCAUGGCCCGCCUGGGCGAGCCCGACCACAACGAGGCGCUCUCGGUGGACGCGCGGCAGGAGCUGGACCUCCGCAUCGGCUGCGCCUUCACGAGGUUCCAGACUAAGUACUUCCAGGGGAAAUACGGCAACCUGGACAGCUCACUCAUCUCCUUCGGGCCGUGCCAGACCCCCACGCUGGGGUUCUGUGUGGAGCGGCAUGACAAGAUCCAGUCCUUUAAACCGGAGACCUACUGGGUGCUGCAGGCCAAGGUGGACGUCGAUAAGGACCGCCCCCUCCUCCUGGACUGGGACCGGGUGCGCGUGUUCGACCGGGAGAUCGCACAGAUGUUCCUGAACAUGACCAAGCUCGAGCAGGAGGCCCAGGUGGAGGCCACGAGCAGGAAGGAGAAGGCCAAGCAACGGCCACUCGCCCUGAACACCGUGGAGAUGUUGCGUGUGGCCAGCUCUGCCCUGGGAAUGGGCCCGCAGCACGCCAUGCAGACCGCCGAGCGGCUCUACACGCAGGGCUACAUCAGCUACCCGCGCACCGAGACCACCCACUACCCCGAGAGCUUCGACCUGAAGGGGCCUCUGCGGCAGCAGGCCAACCACCCCUACUGGGCUGACACGGUGAAGCGGCUCUUAGCAGCAGGCAUCAACCGCCCACGGAAAGGCCACGAUGCUGGUGACCAUCCCCCCAUCACCCCCAUGAAGGCUGCCACGGAGGCCGAGUUAGGGGGUGAGGCCUGGCGCCUCUACGAGUACAUCACCAGGCACUUCAUCGCCACCGUCAGCCACGACUGCAAGUACCUGCAGAGCAGCGUCUCCUUCCGGAUUGGGCCCGAGCGCUUCACCUGCACGGGCAAGACCGUCAUCUCCCCAGGCUUCACGGAGAUCAUGCCCUGGCAGAGCGUGCCCCUGGAGGAGAGCCUGCCCACCUGCCAGAAGGGCGACACCCUGGCCGUGGCCGAGGUCAAGCUGCUGGAGAAGCAGACCAGCCCACCGGACUACCUGACGGAGGCCGAGCUUAUCACCCUCAUGGAGAAGCACGGCAUCGGGACGGACGCCAGCAUCCCUGUCCACAUCAACAACAUCUGCCAGCGCAACUACGUGGUCGUGGAGAGCGGGCGCCGGCUCAAGCCCACCAAUCUCGGCAUCGUCCUGGUGCACGGCUACUACAAGAUCGACGCCGAGCUGGUGCUGCCCACCAUCCGCAGCGCCGUGGAGAAGCAGCUGAGCCUGAUCGCCCAGGGCAGAGCCGACUUCCGCCAGGUCCUCGGCCACACCCUGGACGUCUUCAAGAGGAAGUUCCACUACUUCGUGGACUCCAUCGCGGGCAUGGAUGAGCUGAUGGAGGUAUCCUUCUCGCCCCUGGCGGCCACGGGCAAGCCCCUCUCCCGCUGUGGGAAGUGCCACCGCUUCAUGAAGUACAUCCAGGCCAAGCCGAGCCGCCUGCACUGCUCGCACUGCGACGAGACCCACACGCUGCCCCAGAACGGCACCAUCAAGCUCUACAAGGAGCUGCGGUGCCCGCUGGACGACUUCGAGCUGGUCCUGUGGUCGUCCGGCUCGAGGGGCAAGAGCUACCCGCUGUGCCCCUACUGCUCCAACCACCCGCCCUUCCGGGACAUGAAGAAGGGCACGGGCUGCAACGAGUGCACGCACCCCAGCUGCCAGCACUCGCUCAGCAUGCUGGGCAUCGGCCAGUGCGUGGAGUGCGAGAGCGGCGUGCUGGUGCUCGACCCCACCUCUGGCCCCAAGUGGCGCGUGGCCUGCAACAGGUGCAGCGUGGUGGCCCACUGCUUUGAGAACGCCCACCGCGUGCGCGUGUCCGCCGAGACGUGUGCCUCCUGCGAGGCCGCGCUGCUGGACGUGGAUUUCAACAAGGCCAAGUCCCCGCUGCCCGGCGACGGCACGCAGCAUACGGGCUGCGUCUUCUGCGACCCAGUCUUCCAGGAGCUGGUGGAGCUGAAGCACGCAGCUUCCUGCCACCCCAUGCACCGCGGGCCUGGGCGGAGGCAGGGCCGGGGCCGGGGCCGGGGCCGGAGGCCGGCGGGGAAGGCGGGCCCCCGGCGGCCCAAGGACAAGAUGUCAGCCCUGGCUGCCUACUUCGUGUGA